CGUUCAAGUUGCUCAAGUCAGUUGCCAGAAACCGCACACACGAACUUAUAAGGGCACAAAUACCCCUCUACCAAUGGCGCCUCUGGUGCCCAAGGUCGAAACCUUGGACCAGGUCUAUGCAGGCGCUGGCGAAGGCAGUACAGUCCCCCCAGAGCUCCAACAGCGGUUCGUCAAUCUAGUCAAGUCCUUUGAACAACAAUAUGGUCAUAAACCAGAUUUUGUGUCUCGAAGUCCUGGACGGGUCAACAUCAUUGGUGAACAUGUGGAUUAUUCUCUGUACAAUGUUCUACCAACAGCCGUUGCUGUCGACGUUCUAAUCGCCACUCGGGUUCACAAGACAGACAACGAUCCUCCGGUCAUCAAGAUUGCCAACAUCAACCCAUCAAAAUACCCUGCUAAAGAGAUCGCGAUCCCAAAAUCCGGUAGCGUUGAGGUCGAUAAAGAGAGUCAUUCAUGGAGCAACUACUUCACAGCUGGAUUGAGUGGAUCAUUGAAGUACCUCCGGAAUAAACUCGGCGACUCGUUCCAAACGAAUGGUAUGGAACUUCUGAUUGAUGGCAAUGUUCCAGCUGGCGGCGGUCUUUCAAGCAGCGCUGCCUUUGUUUGUGCGUCUGCUCUUGCGGUCAUGGCUGCCAAUGGCUACGAAAUUUCUAAGCAAGACCUUCUCGAUCUUUGCAUUGUCUCUGAGCGAGCGGUUGGUGUCUUUUCUGGUGGUAUGGAUCAAGCCGCCUCCAUCUUCUCGGAACGAGGAUUUCUCCUUUACUGCCGCUUCUUUCCUGAAUUUGCGGCCGAGCAUGUCCCAGUCCCAGCAUCUGACCCUGAGGUCACGUUUCUGAUUGCUCAGUCCUUUGUCACCUCUGACAAGGCUGUCACAGCCCCCAUACAUUAUAAUCUUCGAGUCGUCGAAGUGACACUGGCGACUGUUGUCCUCGCCAAGCUUCACGACAUCCCGCUCAACCCAGACGAUAGCUCGCUCGGUUUCUCCCUCAGAAAUUUCCAAGAAGAGCUGGUCAAGAGAGAUGGCAAGAGAGACGAUGACGCCCUGUCACAGGUGGAUUAUGUCAUUGCUGCCAUCAAGUCCAACCUGACCAAGGACGAAUACACCCGACAAGACAUUUCUCAAAUUCUGGAAAUUUCAGUCGAAGACGUUGAAAAGUACUAUUUCUCCAAAUUCCCGGUCCGAGCCGAGACAUUCAAGCUCAGGCAGCGGGCACUACAUGUGUUGGAAGAGGCCGGUCGAGUGCUCAGAUUCAAAGAUGCACUAUCGUCAACAGGCAAGCUAGAUGAGGAAAAGUUAUUGUAUCUAGGGGAUCUCAUGAACCAGACACAGGCAUCUUGUAAAGAUGUCUACGAGUGUUCGGCUCCAGAGAUUGAUGAGAUCUGCUCGAUAGCGAGACAAGCUGGCGCUUAUGGGUCUCGUCUGACAGGGGCGGGUUGGGGAGGGUGUACAGUGCAUCUGGUUCCUCAGCACAAGGUUGCCGAGGUCGCCGAGGCGUUGAAGCGACAGUAUUACUAUCCUAAAUUCCCCGACAUCACCGAUGAAAAGUUGAAGGAGGCGCUUGUGAUUUCCAAGCCGGGUCAGGGGUCAUCGUUGAUUGUCGGGGCAGCCUUGGAUGUGUAG